GUAGCAAGUGGAUCUUGUAUUGUUAUAUAUACGCUUUUCAAGAGGAUAUUUUGUUGAAACAUACUACUAUUGAAAGUUUUACUUAAAUUUAGUAGUGUUAUGUGUUCUGGUGCUAAUGAAUUAUAGAGUGUAUUCAAUUUAUUACAAGACGGUCUUGGAGUGCGGCGACACUCGAAUGUGGAUUGUUCAAUGGUUCCAUGAACGUGAAUCAGUGGGCUCCACAUCUAGACAGCAGUUUUAAAGUCUUAUAUAAUUCUUGAGCUGCAUUCCGUUCCGUGUCUCAAGCUAUUGUAAGAUGGAAAUUUAUCAGCUGAUAACUAGAUAUGAAUUAUUGAAUGGAAAGAAAUGGUUACCAAAUUCCUUUUAUAACGAAGCCCUUGACAAACUCGGCUAUACAAAGGCGCUUUUGGAGGAAAGGGUCAAAAUAUAUGACAAUGCAGCCGAAUGUUUGACCUGGGUAAAGAAUAGAAACUAUGCAGAAAAAAUAAAUGUUAUUGUUCCAGGAAGUCGUGGUGAAGGGAUGGCAGUUUCAUGGAAAAGUGAUUUAGAUAUGAUGCUUGUUCAGCCAGCAGUUAAAUGUUUUGAAAUUUAUCCGACAGAUUCCAAAGCAGUUGAAAACUGCGAAGCAACUUUUGAACUUGAUUUAGAUGAUGUUCCCGAAGGAUAUACAAAAUUAAAUUUAAAACAUGUUAAAUGGUCCAGAGAAUAUAGAAAUCUCACAUCUAGAAUUAUGGUUUCAUUGACGGAAAACGAUUAUUUGAAAAAUGGCCAAAGACUGAUUGAAGCGGCAGAGUAUGGUCGCAAACAUGUUAAAGUAGAAGGUUGGCUCAGCAAAAAUCACCGAUUCGAUGAUGUAACCGGACCUGCACAGCCACGCCUAUUUCCACUUCCAUUUACUAACAAUUAUUUGUCUAUAGACUAUGUCCAAGCAUUUCCCUGUGCGUACCCAUCGCUAUUAGACGAUUGGAGUAAACGACAGAGACAAAAUAUCUGGCCUAGUUCAGAUGACCUGAAUGCAGUAAAAGAAACAGAUGUAUUUGUUGUAUCUGUUGGGCUGUCCGGCAGUAAAGAGGAGAACUUGCAAUGGAGAAUUUCUUUAACACUUGCAGAGAGAUCGCUGGUACGCUCAUUCAAUGACACGCAGAUAAAGGUGUAUGCAGCAAUGAAAAUGCUGGUGAAACAUGAACUGAAACAAAUAUGUGCUAAUAUCACUUCAUACAUAGUGAAAAAUGUUAUCUUCUGGGUGUUUGAAAAGAGAUCGGGCACCUUUCACAGACACGAAUUCGUUGAGAUUUUAUUGGAGACACUGAUAUAUUUGAAAGAUUGUAUAGCUUUGGGAUGCCUUCCAAAUUACAUGAUGCCGUCUAGGAAUUUGCUACGAGGAAAGGUAUCACAAGAGGAAGCAUACAAUUUGAAAGAGCAUCUCAGUAUUUUGAUUACAGAAGAUUCAACUGUUCUACUUCGUUGCCCUUUGGUAUACAAAAUGGCAGAACUAUCGAUUGAUGCUCUUAAAGAAAGGCUGUUGUUUAGGGAACUGUCGGACAAGUUAUUUCUUGCAGUCUAUGCUGUACCACCGCAUAUAUUUGGCAAAAUUGAACAUUUACUUCAUUUGGCACAGAACCACGAUGAAUUUAUUCAGACGUAUGUUAAACAUGCGUUACCAGUAAUAAGAGAGACAAAUCCCUUCGGUGUAUUCACUCUUUUGAAAACAAUGGCGGACGAGGAAAUCAAAAGUCGAAUGUUUAAAGGAUUUGAGCGUGGCUAUGAUAACAUUUGGAUGGAUUAAGAACUAUAAUAGAUAAAUAAGACAAUUCAUACAUUUGAGAAAACUCUGCAGACCCAGUCGAACAAAACGUUUGUCGUUUACACACAUGCCACCAUUACAUGGUAGUUAAAGAUAACUGUGUUGUAUAUAUGUAAACAGAGUUCAAACAGAUGUGACAUAGUAAGCAUGUUUCUACUUAUACUGUGAAUUUGAAAGUAACUAAGGAGAAUAGUUAUUGUAAAACAAUACGGAUAUUGCUUCCCGUUCGGUUUACUCAAGAAAGGGAAAUGAGAGUAAGAAUAGCUUAAAUGUGUUUUUCUUACAAUAGCGUAUAUUUGUUGUAUCUGUUGGGCUGUCCGGCAGUAAAGAGGAGAAUUUGCAACGGAGAAUUUCUUUAACACUUGCAGAGAGAUCGCUGGUACGCUCAUUCAAUGACACGCAGAUAAAGGUGUAUGCAGCAAUGAAAAUGCUGGUGAAACAUGAACUGAAACAAAUAUGUGCUAAUAUCACUUCAUACAUAGUGAAAAAUGUUAUCUUCUGGGUGUUUGAAAAGAGAUCGGGCACAUUUCACAGACACGAAUUCGUUGAGAUUUUAUUGGAGACACUGAUAUAUUUGAAAGAUUGUAUAGCUUUGGGAUGCCUUCCAAAUUACAUGAUGCCGUCUAGGAAUUUGCUACGAGGAAAGGUAUCACAAGAGGAAGCAUACAAUUUGAAAGAGCAUCUCAGUAUUUUGAUUACAGAAGAUUCAACUGUUCUACUUCGUUGCCCUUGGUAUACAAAAUGGCAGACCUAUCGAUUGAUGCUCUUAAAGAAAGGCUGUUGUUUAGGGAACUGUCGGACAAGUUAUUUCUUGCAGUCUAUGCUGUACCACCGCAUAUAUUUGGCAAAAUUGAACAUUUGCUUCAUUUGGCACAGAACCACGAUGAAUUUAUUCAGACGUAUGUUAAACAUGCGUUACCAGUAAUAAGAGAGACAAAUCCCUUCGGUGUAUUCACUCUUUUGAAAACAAUGGCGGACGAGGAAAUCAAAGUCGAAUGUUUAAAGGAUUUGAGCGUGGUUAUGAUAACAUUUGGAUGGAUUAAGAGCUAUAAUAGAUAAAUAAGACAAUUCAUACAUUUGAGAAAACUCUGCAGACCCAGUCGAACA